GCCAUCGGUUCCGUAGUCUGUAAACAAACCAGAGCCAUCCCGUUUGAGUUGUAACACAUCGUGAUUUAACGUUUGUUUCGGCUUGAUUUUGUAGUCCAUAUAAAACGUUUUGUUAAUUUUGUUGGUUUGCUUUUUUUGUAGCGCGUUUCUUUGAAAUUUAGGUCCCAAAUAGACGUGAACUAGUAAAAAGCCACUGAUAUUUAAGUCAAGUCUGCUUCUUCUUGCCCAUUAUGUCGCAAACUAUUUGGUCAAAUUCAUUGCCUUUUUCAUUAACGAACCUUCAGGGUUUGAACGCAGUGCUCCAGCACGAUCAACGACGUCUUCAUUUGACUCGUCGUGAAGAUUCAAAUUUGUGGGAAGUGGAUCUGAAAAACUUUGAGGAUAUUGAAAUAGAUGAAAUCGUUCAUUUGGCUUUUCAGGCGAUUUUUACCUCACUUCCUACCACUAAGGGUGAAGUCACCUUGAAAUGGGAGUCUUUGGCUUCCCAUAAAGGAACUCUGACGAUUCCUGUCUUCUACAAUGAAGAACAGGGAUUCCUCAGCACUGACCGUAUGUCAUUUUGGCAAAUUGCUACUCCCUGGAUCACCAACAAGCAACCUGAAUGGCCCUUGUCUUACCUUCCAAACCAAAGAAUACGUCGCCCUAAUGCUCCUAAGCCUGGAACCAUUCUGUAUGAACGCUUUAUUCCUAGUCUGAAUGAGACAUUAUCGUUUGUUGCCUUAGACAUUGAUCAGCAUCUACAUUACUUUCAUGAAUGGCAAAAUAAUCCUCGCGUUAGCUAUUACUGGACUGAGUCCGGAACCUGGGACCAGCAUCGCGAAUAUCUACUCAAAUUACAAAAUGACCCACACGCAUACGCUGUUAUUGGCUGCUUCAACGAGCAACCAUUCGGCUACUUUGAGGUUUAUUGGGUCCCAGAGGACCGAAUCGCUCCCUUUGCUCAGCCUUGGCAUACCCAUGAUCGCGGCUUUCAUGCCCUUGUAGGCAAUGAUCGUUUCCGUGGCCCUCAUCGCGUUCCUGUUUGGCUAUCUAGUAUUACCCAUAUGCUGUUUUUGGAUGAUUCUCGAACUCAGCGUGUCCUUUUAGAGCCUAGAAAUGAUAACAAAAAGUUUAUUGAUUACCUUAUUGCUGAAAAUUACUGCAAGCGGCUCGAAUUUGACUUUCCUCAUAAACGGGCUGCUUUCAUGGAAAUUACUCGCACCAUGUUCUUCUCUUGUCUUGGACCCCGUAUUUAAUUACCCGUGCUCCUCCAUUGUGGAAAAUGAUCCUGCUGCAGGAUGCUUUUAAACCACUUAGAAAUUCCGAAAUAUUAUAUGGUAAUAUAGAAUCCGAAACUUUACACUUUUUAUGUUCCAAUGAUUAUGGAAGCAAACUGACCUUUUCCGUACUUAUAACAGAAUUCAUGUAUGUAAUUUAUUGA